UGCCUCUGAAAUACGCGAAAUAAACAAAAAUAAUAUGUUUACUAAUGCAGACAAAAGUUUGUUUGAAAAUAAAAUUUACACCCCACUUACAUAUUUUCUUAUUUAUUUAAUAAAGGAAUUUUCACAAUUAAUUGUAAAAAAAGGUGUUAUAUUGAGAAAACUAUUUUUAAAUCACCCGUUUUAUGGGUAUUCAUAGUUGUGACAAUCAUUGAUAAGAUAAUAAUUUGUUGUGAUAAGUAGGUACUACGACUUCGAUGGUACCGGUGGUGAUAGAAUUUUAUUUUCCUCAGUUGAAGUGAAAAUAAUUGAUGAAUCAUAAUAGACUAAAGGAUUAAUUAUUAUCGAUGAUAUUUGCCAGAGUUUUGUUAAUACUAUUUACACUAUUGGAAAUAAAGAACCCUGUUCUCAGUAUGGAUUCAAAGGCUUUAUCCUCUGCAAUCACCAAGUUCUCUGCAAAGUUUUGCAAUGAACUGGAUAAAAAGAAGAAUGUUGUAUCAUCGCCAUUGUCAGCAGAAUACUUGCUGGCGUUGAUAACUUUGGGAACUACUGAUCCUGCACACGAAGAGCUAUUGACAAGCCUAGGUAUCCCGGAUGAUGACACGAUUCGCUCAUCAUUCUCGGCUGUGUCGUCAAAAUUGAAAUCAAUAAAAGGUGUUACGUUUAAUGUAGCCAACAAAAUAUACAUCAAGGAGGGUGACUAUGAGCUCGACCCAAAACUUAAGAAGGACGCUGUCGAGGUAUUCGAUGCAGAUUUUGAAAAAGUUAACUUCGAUAACGGAGCCGCAGCCGCCGGCCUAAUAAACAAAUGGGUUGAAAAUAAAACAAAUGAACGCAUUAAAGAUCUCUUGAGUGAAGACAGCCUCGAUUCGUUUACGCGUUUGGUUUUGGUCAACGCUCUCUACUUCAAGGGUACAUGGCAAAACCAGUUCGACUCUAUAAGCACCAUGGAGCGACCGUUCUAUGUUGACACCGAAACGACAGUUAAUAUUCCUAUGAUGUACCAAGAAAAUAAUUUCAAGUAUGGUGAGAGCCACGACCUCAAUGCGCAGUUACUCGAAAUGGCGUAUGAAGGUAACGAUGCCAGCAUGGUUAUCGUGCUGCCGAACGAAAUUAAUGGCCUGGACGGGAUACUGCAGAAGCUGGCCGAUGGCUACGACCUAACGGCGGAACUGGACAAAAUGUUCUCGACCAAAGUGCGAGUGACGGUGCCGAAAUUCAAGAUCGAAACUGAGAUUGAUCUACUUCAAGUUUUGCCCAAGUUGGGUAUUCAGGCGAUCUUCAACCGCCAGAAUUCCGGUCUGACCAAGAUCUUGGAUAACGACGAGCCGCUGUACGUAUCCAAGGCUGUGCAAAAAGCCUUCAUUGAAGUCAACGAGGAAGGCGCCGAAGCAGCCGCCGCCACAGCGGCUGUGGUGCGAUAUACACGCUCGUUGCGGAAGUCGCGCGUGUUCCGCGCUGACCGGGCGACGCUGUGGAUCGUGAGAGUGCAGGGAUGCGCGGUGCUGGCCGCCCUGCAUCGCGGCCCGCCUCGCCGGAACGAUGCCGCCCUGAGGCCGUUGCGUGAUGACCUAUAGCGAUGUCUGUACGCGCAGGCAUUAUGUUUUUGAUGAUGCCGUGCCCACCCCUGCCUUCGAAGAGCUUCCGUGCCGACCGACCCUUCCUCUACUUCCUCGUGGGCGCUGAACGCAUCGCUCUGUUUAUCGGCCAAUACCGUGGACGAAAUUGAAUGCUGUUUUUACGUUCAUCAUUUGCUUUUCCUAUAGCGAAAUAAAUCCAAUAUCGCUCUGAUUUCUCUGUUCUAGUUUCCUCAUAUUUACUCUAUAGUCGUAUUUUUAAUUAGACGAAGUCGGACUUUUUGGCGGGAACGCGAGGAGUGAAGUUGUGUGAUUUGUUUUAUUUUGUCUAUUUAGUGUUUCUUCGGGUUUAAAUGUGUAAUAAUGGUGGUUUAUUAACCGUUUAAUAUCUGUGAAAGUGCACAAAUGUGGGAAAAUGAAACAAAGCCGCUGGACGUAACUUCUCGGGAUCCUCCAAAAAGUCCACUGAAAAAUCUUAGUAAAUGACCACCAUUUUACUGAGAUUAGAUUUCAUCUCAUAUCAUCUCAUUUAAUUUCAUCCUAGUUGAUUAAUGUCUCAAAUUAAUCAUUUUCAUUUCAUUUCACUCCAUAAUAUCAUUUUUCAUAAAAUUAAGAAUAUAGAUUAAAAUAAGACAUGACUUAAAGGUCUCAGUCACCAGGUCAUAAAAUCUCUUAAAAAAAAAAUUAGACGAAGUCAACUAACAGUAGCUAAUGUCACUUUGUACAAUAAUGCCGCCAUAUUUAAAGUAAUAGUGAUGCGUUUAGUUCUAUUUCAAUCAGAUGAAUAAACAAUGAGUGUGAAUAGUUAAUCAUUUCAAACUAUAAAAGAAUACAAUUUUAUUUUACAAUAAAUUGUAUUAAAGUGCUCUAAUAUAUGUUACUAGUAGUAUGCAGCUACAGUCAGUUUUUAUUUUUAUUUUCAUUAACUACUACCUAUAAUUGUUAUAUUUUAUACAUCUAUAGUUUCAACUAUAUGAUGUAUUGAAAAUAGGACAGUCUUACAAGUUUCCUCGCAAUGUUUUCCUUUAUGUUUAAAGCACUCGGUAUUCAGUAUAGGUAGAUACUAUAGGAACAUAAUCGUCGAAGACUCGUUGGUAUGAACAAAGCACGACUAAAAUUCGAACCCCGUACCCGAUAUCGGCAGUCCGGCACACUAACUAUUCACUAGACAAUCGAGGAAAUUUCAUUAAUUCAGGAGUUUUUUCAAUCAUUCACUUUGUCACCCAUUCACAUGGUAGGCAGCGGCUUGGCUCUGCCCCUGGCAUUGCUGAAGUCCAUGUGCCACGGUAACCAUUCACCAUCAGGUGGGCUGUUUGCUCGUCUGCCUACGAGGGCAAUAAAAAAAAACUAUUUUUAAUUCAUCAACAACUGACAACACAGUAAACGUCAGUUGACUUCAUCUAAUAAAAAAUACGACUAUAGUAAUUAUUUUCAAUAUAUUAUUUUACUAAUGAUUGAUAUGAAGAAAAAUUUGGUACCCAUGGAUACUAUUCUAGAAUCUAUCGCAAUCAAUAAAGCUCGUAUCUUCACAUAAAUGUAAAAUAAAUGUUGGUACCGAACACUAAACCUCCUAUGCUUUGUGUGUAAAUGAAAUUUAAUAAAAAAAUUGAAAUUGUUGAA